UUUGGAGCAUUUCUGAGCUCACAGGAAUUGUCAGGUUAUUGCCAGUGCUUCCAGUGUUCAGCACAGCCUUCUUUGAUGGGCAGAAGGUGAAUGAACAGAAGGGGAAGGCUCAGUAACCUAUCUGUGUCACCCUCUGGAAACAAGGAGCUAAAAGGACCACCUUUUACGUGACAAAACUAAGGACAGGGUCCCACUGUGAUUCAAUGGCAUCAGAAAUCACCUAUGCUGAGGUGAAAUUCAAAAAUGAAUCACCGGCUCCAGUGGUCAAAGUACCUCCUGAGACAAAGAAGCCUGAGCACCAUCCCCAGAAAUACCCACUCUGGCUGCCAUGGUUGAUCUCACUGCUGCUCCUCUUGGUGUGCUUUGCCCUUGUUGUUGUCCUCCUCGUGGUUCUCUUCUGGCACAGCAGUGACCAGCCCAGAGUCCUGCAGCAGCAGUUCUCGGAGUGGAAGUGUGACUCAGCAGUGCCACAAGGCACAGACCGAGGCUGGAUGUGCUGCCCAGAGGGCUGGAGAAGGUUUCAAAGAAGCUGCUAUUUCCUGUCCUCUGAUAAGAUGAACUGGACUGAGAGUCAGCAGAACUGCACUGGGAUGGGCUCCCAGCUGGUGGUGAUCAACAGCAAGGCAGAGCAAGAAUUCCUCUCUAAGCAGAUAAAACGAUCUCCACAAAGAAAGAAUUUCUACAUCGGUCUGUUUGUGGCCAAGGAGGGCCCGCGGCAGUGGGUGGACAAGACUCCAUAUAAUGUGACAGCAGCAUUCUGGCGAAAAGGAGAACCAAGUGGUGGGCAGGAUGAGAACUGCACUGUAAUCUACAGUCCUGAAAAAACUGUCAACAACUGGAAUGACUCUGGGUGUGUUUGGAACUUCUCUCGAAUUUGUGAAGCUGCAGCAGUAACUGUGUGAUGGAAAUACCCCUGUCCUGAGCAAAGCUGGGAGCUGAGCAGUGAGCUGGGAACAGUGCUGGCUGUGCUGGGAGGGGUGAGGAGCCCUGACACAUCUUCACUGUGUGUGGGGGGACCAUGUUUGUGAGAAAGUGAAAUGAGCUUUUUCCAGCAUCUUGAGUGUAUGGGGUGAUUCAGGGAACAGAGGAAAUCUUAUGCUCAUCAAUGCAUGUCCUGUGCUCUUAUGUCCUCUUCUCUCUGAGAGGGUCCAGCAGCCUCUGGCUGAAAAGAGAUGGCCUUCUCCAGGAGGAAGACACUGGAAUGGAAGACAGAUAUGCAGAGAUUCAAUGUCCUUGGUCUCCUUGAGCAGAGGUGUUUGCUUUCUGUUGAGUCAUACACAGAAUGUCCUCCAGCUGUCCUGGUUUUGCAGAACAAAUUCUAAAAAUUUAGACAAGACAAAAUACAAUAUUAGACCAAUGAAAAAAAUGCUCUGUCCCAUGUCUCUGUGCUUAUCUCUCUUUCCUUUUCCAUCUCUAUCCUGCAGGAGCAUAAUCCACAAAUCAUGGACUCGUUUGGGUUGGAAGAGACUUUCUAGGAUAGUCUAGUGUCAGGCCACUUGGUCUUGGGCAAGGACUCCUUCCACUAGACCAAGUCACUCAUAUCUCCAUCCAGCCAGGCCUUGAACAUUUCAGGGAUGGGACAUCCACAGCUCCUGUGGGCUGCUGGUUUCAGUGCCUCACCACCUCACAGGCAUGUAUUCCUUCCUAAUAUUUAAUCAAAACCUGCCCUCUGAGAGUUUAAAGCCAUUCCCCCUUGUCCUAUCACUACAUUCUUGUGCAAGAAUUCCCUCUCAGCAAGACUAUUUCCACUGCUGUAACAUUGACACUUGCAGGGAUUUAAUUCCACCGGAUACUGUCAAUUACACAAGCAGACAUGAAGAAAUUUCACAGGCAGCUGUGAGAAAGCAGUUGUCAGAAGAGACUUGAGGUGGUAUCAGGAACUGGAGAAGUACAGUGCUGCAAAUGUCCUCCCUUCCCUUUCCUGUCCUCUCCAGCUUCAGAGUGUAGAUGUGUAUCUCACGCAGAAUUAACUCCUCCUCUUAUGCCACUUCAAUGUCCAGGGUUGGGAACACAACCAUGAUGCUCUUACCAGCCUCUUUGAGCCUGAGAUGCUUCUGGCCUGCUUCCAGUGGCCUGGACAGCAGCAAGUGAUAAAGUAGGAGUGUGAAUGCAAACAGCUGUGUGAAUUGAGUAGCUGCAACUAUUUGAGGGGACAUCUGCCCCAAACCACAGCUGUUAAAGAAGAGCAUGACCACCAGCCUAACAGUAACCAGAGAAUUAGGGAAAGGCUUCUGAGGCACACAAGAAACAGUGUGAAAACAAAGUUUCUAUGAAGCAAGAACAUUGUAAGAGAGAGACCAGAGAGAAGUGGGAAGGAAGGAAGUGGCCAUGGAGCUCAGGGUGCUCUGCAGCUUGGCCACCUCUGUCUGUAAGAAGCUCCCUGGCAGCUCAGUGCUCUGGGUGACCUUGCUCAUGGCACUGAGGGGUGCAGCAGGCACAGACCCACAGCUCUGCAGUGUGACAAUGUGAGCCUGUGCUUUCACCUCUGCUCCACAGGCUGC